AUGUCGGUCAUCCCCAAACAGCUCCCCGAUAUCUCACUUGCGGCUUUGAGAGACGUCGUCUCCAACCUGCGCGUGCUGGACGUCGCCGCCAUCACUUUCAGCGUCUGGAUCCUCCUCAAGGUCGCCCGCACCGCGCGCCGCCGUUUCGUCGCUACCAAGCUCCGCGGCCCACCACGCACAAACCUCCUGCUCGGCGAGGGCUACAUGAUCAACGAGAGCAACGACCCCGGUUCGCUCUACGAGGCCUGGGAGAAGGCAUACGGCGGCGUCUACUCCGUCCCGUCGACACUCGGGAUGUCUCAGAUAUUGCUGUGCGAUGCCAAGGCCGUCCAGCACUUUUACAAGUACGAGACGUCCCGAUACGAACGGCCGGAGGUGGGGAACUUCUUGGUGCAUGCAUUGGUUGGAAAGAGCGUCAUUACAGAGGUGAAGGAAUCCCACAGUAGGCAGCGAAAAGUAAUGGCCCCGGCGUUCAGCAACGCUGCUAUUCGCAAUAUCUCCAGUACAUUCUAUGACUCAGCUUACAAGGUUGUGGACGCCUGGUCUUCGAUCCUCGAGUCUUCAGGUGAUAAUGUCAUUGAAGUGCAGGGUUGGAUGAACCGUGUCUCGCUCGACUCAAUCGGAAUUGCCGGCUUUUCACAUGACUUUGGAACACUAGAGGGUAAACACUCCGACGUGGCUGAGGUGUUCGGCAAGUUCUCGUCGACCCCACCCUCUUUCGUCUUCAAGCUGGGGUUAACGCUUGGACUUUUCUUCCCGAGCCUCAUGAAGCUGCCCAGCAACUGGAUACAGCUCACUAGGGAAUUGAGUAAGGCACUUAGUGGCGCGGCAAAGGACUUUAUGGAACGAAUGCAGCAGGAGAAGUUGGGGCUUACGCCCGGCCAAGAAGACAAAUCGGUCAUUGGGCUCCUUAUCAAAUCUCAGUCGCCUGGCGCAGAGCUGUACAUGUCUGAGGAGGAAGUGCUUUCGCAAAUCAAAUUGCUUCUGGUCGCUGGCUAUGAGACCACUUCAAUCAGCCUGUCCUGGGCGCUAGCUGAGCUCUCGCAGCACAAGGAUGUCCAGAACAAUCUCAGGGAUGAGCUAUCUCAGUUUACCAACAAAGAUCCGACAUACGAGCAGCUCACCCACGGGCUGCCGUAUCUGGACGCGGUCAUUCUGGAGACGCUCCGUCUUCACGGACCUGUACCGGAAACCGCACGUGUGGCCAUGGAAGACGACGUUAUCACGCUCAGCGACCCCAUCAAGGACGCUUCGGGCAAUUUCGUAGACCGCAUCGUCAUUCCCAAAGGCACGCAAGUGACCGUCUCUAUCCUAUACAUGAACCGCGCCGAGAAGUUCUGGGGACCCGAUGCAAAAGUGUUCAACCCUGACCGGUGGCUCAACCCCGAGGGCCUCAAGAUGCGCGCGAGGGAGAUCCAGGGGCACAAGCAUCUGCUGACGUUCAUUGAUGGCCCGCGGACAUGUCUCGGGAAGUCGUUUGCACUCGCGGAGCUCAAGGCGGUGUUGUCGACGCUCGUGAGGAACUUUGAGUUUGACAUGCGGGAUGCGAAGGCGCAGAUCGAGGUUGCGAUGGGUUUGUUGCCUCGUCCGAGGGUGGUUGGGGAGGGUAAGGUGGAUUUACCUUUGCGGGUUACUCGGCUGUAA